AUGGACAUCCGAAGCACUAGCGAUCUCUGCAUAGAAACACCUGUUAUAAGGGUGGACACUGUGGGAUACUACGACGCCCUGGCCGACUACAUUACCAAGAGAAAAUCGAGAUCUGACGAGGCGCCAGCAGUUAAUCCCGCUGCCACGUCAGACUCUACUGCCCAUACCGCUACCCCCACUACAACACUUACAUCGCGACAAGGCGCUAGCCAACCAUUGUAUUCAUUUCCUAAAUCUUCGAGGGCUCCCAAGCCUAACAGCAAAACUCAAUCACAACCCUCAUCACAAUCGGUUUUGCCGGCCAAAACUAGCACGACAUCAAGUCAUCGACCCCCUAAGACCACAAACAUUCCUAAAUCUACCGCCACUUCUUCUUCGACUACGUCAACCACAAAACCGUCAUCCCCACUAACGGCGUUCCAAUUUACGGCUCAAACGUCAAGACCAACUACUUCGAACGUGACAGUAUCAGCCACGGGAGUUGUUGAUAACUCUAGUUCACCCAGUUCAACGACAUCCACUUUGAGGAAGUCAACUACCGACGAUCCCGCACGAUAUCUGGCGACAACUUCAUCUACAGAACCCGUCGUUAACUCGCCUGGAUUCGAUACUAUAAUCGAAGGACAGGAGAUGGAGACUCCAGUAAUAACGAGAGGUGGUACUUCAACGUAUAAGGAUUCACCGAUGGCGAAGCUUAUAGCUCAGUACUCCGGGGAAGAUGAGAAUGACGAGCUUUCUACUGAGUCUUGGGUCAAUAUAUUAAUUACUAAAGAUGAAUUGGAAGCUGAAUUGGUCGAGAAAGUGGAGGACCCAAAUAAAGGGAUCACAAAGUAUAAACUUUCGGAUGAUUUUCUAGAGGGAUUGAUUAAGAUAUCAACGGAACUACAAAUUUUCGUAGAGAAGGCUGCAGGAUUGAUAGAGGAAUGGACUCAACACUUUGUUGUUGACCCAGGGGAUACCCUAAUACCCAUCUUAAGGGGUACAACUAGUCUCCCUCAACUAAAUGUUGCUUGGACGACCAUACAAAGACGUUUGGAACUAGGAAAUCGUACACUUAACAAAUACAUGCAACAAUACCAGAAUGACCCGCAAAUGGAAUUUCCGCUAUCUCCUGUUUCAACUCUACCCAAAUUACACUCAGAUUUGAGUACCCUUCAAACAGCGGAUCAGCGUUUACGAUAUUUGUACCAGAAAUUUCCAAAUCACCACGAACAAUUGUCUGAGCAAGCGGAGACCGCUCUGAAUCAGGGUAAAUCGUGGAUGAACAUACUUCCUCUACCAACUACAUGGAAGAAAGCUUUCAUACCGGACAAGGAGCAACUCCCAGGGACCUCUAACCGUCAAGCCUCCAAAGGUAAACAAAGAGAGACGAGGGAAAGUGCGGAUGAAGAUGAAAAUGAUGCAGCUUCUCGUAUUUGGUUAGGAGCAGAAACCCCAUUCAAAGGCCCGAAUAAAUGGUUUGACGGUGGUAGAUUGAAGACUAGAGCACUUCAGUCACCCAUUUUUGGGUACCUAUGA